AUGAAGCUCUUAGCAUACCUGAAGAGAAAGGAGGUGAGAAGAGCAUACAGACGUGUAAGCGAGGCACAAGAACCUGUGCCUCGAACCCCGACAUGCAUAGGACCAAACCAAGAGGAUGAGGGAACAAAGAAUACUCAAAGGCCUCGAGCAGAGGAGGAGGAAGUGAGAUUGGAGAAGGAAAGAGAGAAGAAGAGAAAGAGGGUAGAUGCGAGAAAGAAGAGAGUGGAAAAAGAGAGGAUGAGGGAGGAAGAGGAGGAAAGAGAAGAGAGAGCAAAACAAGAAGAACUUGCCCGUUUGAAAGAAGAAGAGGAGAGAGCAGAAAGAGCAAGACGAGAAGAAAUUGCUCGAGUAAAGGAAGAAAGGAGAAUCAGAGCAGAGAAGGCUCAUCGAGACUUGGGGCUCUUCUCGAGCUCUGAAGAGGAAGAUGACCAAGAGCAUCAUGAUGAUGUUGCUGGGUCAUAUGAAGAAAAUGAAGGGGACGACGCCCUUGAUCAAGAUAAAGUGGCCGACUUCCCCUUAGAUUUCAAUAGCAAGGCCAAGGAGGCAGCAGAGAUACGACGUUCCUUGGCGGCCUUUAACUAUCACACAAACAUGGAGAUCCUCAAAGUCUCAGAUUGA